AUGAGUAUGACAGGCUUGGUACUCGUGGGGCUGGCUCUGUGGCUCAAAGUCACCACAGCUAAGGCAGAGGAGGGCAGUUUUUGCUCUAAGAGCCAAGUAACUUUUAGAGACUCUUGCUAUGAAUUUGUGCCUCUCAAGCGCACCUUCUAUGAUGCCCAGAGCUGGUGUGAGGGGCAUGGAGGCCAUCUAGUCUUUAUUCGGGAUGAAAGCAUACAGCAGUUUCUGCAACAGCACAUCUCCCAGGACAAGGAAUGGUGGAUUGGACUCACAGGAAGCUCGACACAGAAUGGAAUCACAGAAGGGAUGGGGAUGUGGCUGGACACCUCAAACGUGAGCUACAGCCACUGGCAAGCUGGGGAGAAUGCUCCUGCCCCCAACACCUGUGGCUACAUCGGGAGAGAUGCCUCCUCCAGGUGGGCGGCCACGGACAAGUGCUCCCAGCCCUUCGCCUUCAUCUGCGAGUUUGGUAUGGGCCAGAGCCUGGCCUGCGAGGGCUUCAGUGCCACCAUGCACUGUGGCUCAGGAGAGGUCAUCCAGAUCCAGGAUGCUUUCUAUGGGCGUCAGACUCCCCAUUACUGCACCCAGGGGCCUGCACACCCCUCUGACCUGGAGGAGGAAUGCAGUUGGGUCAGUGUCAAGGACGAAGUGGCAGGUCAGUGCCAAGGGCUACAGGCAUGCCAGGUGGCAGCUGACGGUACCUACUUCGGAGACUUGUGUCCCUCAUGGGGCAGCUACCUUUGGGUGCAGUACCAGUGCCGAGAAGGCCUACAGCUGACGGUGUCCCGGGAGGGUUUCGUCUUUGACAAUGUCACCAUCUCCCUGACAUGGCUUCUUUUUCCCUACACCGGAAACCUGUCCUGCAUAGUCAGUACUGGAGAUGGCCACAUAUUUGAUCCCUACUACCUCCCGAGUUUGUCCAGCAACAUGAUCCACCAGUUUGCAGCUCCUGGGGAAUUCACUGUGUUUGCCGAGUGUACAACCAGUGAGUGGCAUGUGACGGCUCAGAAGCAAGUGACAAUUCAAGACAAGAGGGAGAAGCUCAGUGUAACUGGGUGCUCUGGCCUGGCCACAGCGGGAGCCAAUCCUCUCUGCCAGACUAUCUUCAGGGACCCUCUGUGGAUUCAGGUGAAGUUUGAUGGAGGAAUAGGGGUCGUGACUUAUACUGUGUUAUUGAGGAACAUGAUCCUGGCUGAGUCUACCACGCGAAGGGGCCCACUCCCCUACAACCUGACCUUGGACAGAGCAAUCCAGGAGCAAAUGGGCCCAGGGAUGCACCACCUGGAGAUCCGGGCCUCCAGCAACACCAGCAUCGCUGCAUCCUCCAGGAAUAUCACAGUCUACCUCGUGGAGCCUCUGUCAGGGCUGCGGGCCUCCUGGGCUUCUGACCAGUUGGAGCUGGGACAGGACUUACUGGUUAAUGUCUCGGUGGCUCAAGGCAUCCCAGAGGGGCUGACCUUUGAGAUGGCGGGACUCAAUGCAACUUUUUCCUACGAGGAAGACAGUCUUGGGGGAUCAUCUGGCACUUACCACUUGGCAGUUCCUCUUGAAGGCUCCUAUCUGGUCACUGUGGUAGUGAGGAAUGCCUUCUCCAACUUGAGUUUGGAAAUUGGAAGCAUCACUGUUACAGAUAAAGGGGAUGUGGAGCUGUACAUGGAACCUGGUCCGUACGUAGAUCCUUUCACAACUGUGACUCUGGGCUGGCUGGACAGCGACGAGGACCACCACUUCCAGUGGUCAUGUGGACGCUGCUGGGCUCAGUGGAACGACUGUGUUGAGAGGAAGCUGCUCCACACAGACCAGAGGGAACUGGUGGUUCUGCCACCCUGCCUACCCCCACCGGGCUCUGCCGUGACCCUGCGUCUGGCCAUCCGGAAAAACCAGGAGCUGGACAAGCAGAAGGAACAGUGCCUCUACGUGUCUGCACCUCUGGACCUCAGGCCUCAAGUCAGCUGUGAGAAGAACUGCUGGCCAGUGAACACUAGUGACAAUGUGGUGCUCAGGGUCACCAUGGGGGAUAACUCCCCAGCAGCCAUGUUCACCUGGUACUUAGAUGUCACCCCGCUGGAGAAGGCCCAACCCCUCCCGGUGACCUGCAGACUCCCAGGACUCUGGCCCCAUUCUUUAACCCUCCUGCAGAGGGACACGUCCACGCUGCUGCUGAACAGCUCCUUCCUGCAGACCUGGGGCGAGGUCAUCCGGAUCCGAGUCACAGCAGUGACCGGGCAUGCCUAUGGGGAGGACACCUAUGUCAUCAGCUCUCUGCCUCCCCCCGAAGUGCCCACCUGCACCAUUGUCCCAGAGGCGGGCACCAUUCUAACGAGCUUUGCCAUCUUCUGCAAUGUCUCUGCCUCCCCGCAUCCUCUGGAGCACUGCUUCUGUCUGGAGUCAGGUUCCUGUCUACACUGUGGCCCUGAACCUGAUCUCCUGUCAGUUUAUCUGCCACUGGGGAAGGAAAACAAUGACUUUGUGCUGACUGUGGUCAUUUUCGUCUCCAAUCGAGCAGGUGAAACACGGCAAACCCAUGCAGCGGUGAAGGUGGGCCUUGGAGACGCCCGUGUUGAGGAUGUGGCAUUCCAGGCUGCCGUGUCUGAGAAAAUCACUGCUGUUUUGCAAGACGAGCAGCGUCCUGAGCAACUCUUCCAGCUGGUUGGGUCUGUGUCCUCCGUGCUGGACCAGGAGCGUCAGGAGCAGGGCUCUGGGAAGUCCCCAGGAAUGGACACCAGACAGAAGGUCAGAGAACACAUGCUGGCAUCACUGUCUUCAGUUGCUGCCACCCUGAGGGACAUGCAGAGGGUUCAGGGGCUGGCCAAGGUACUGAGAGAGGUGACCCGCCACAGUGAGGAACUCUCACCCUUGGCCCAGAGGGAGGCCAUCUGGGUGCUACAGCAUGCCAGUGAAGCCCUGCUGGCAGUGAGCGCCAAGACCCAUCCUGAGGACCAGAGGCACAAGGUGGCUGCAAGGGACCUGUUUCAGGCUGUGGGCAGCGUGUUGGAAGCUUCUCUGAGGAACAGGCCAGAAGAGACUGAGGAGGCCGGUGAUGCCCAGAUGGCACCUGUGCCCCAGCUGCUCGGCGCUGUGGAGCGGGUGCAGGCUGCCCUCCUGCUGGGGAGGCUGCCCGGGGACCCUCCAGUCACAUUGGCUGCCCCCUCCAUUGCAGUGUACACCAACAGAAUCCAGCCCUGGAGUUGGCGGGGCUCCUCCAUACAUGUUGCUGCGGUCAGCUCUGCCACCUUCACCCUGCCUGCUGCCUCCUCCCUGGGCUUCAAGGACACUCAGGAACCUGUGGAUAUAAGGAUGAUGAGCUUCCCCAAGAACCCCUUCCCAGCUGGAAGUCACUUUGACAUCAGCGGAACCAUUGGUGGCCUCUGUCUGACCAGGCCUAGUGGACAGCGCCUCCCUGUAAAGAAUGUGUUGGAGAACAUCGAGAUCCUGCUGCCCCGGCUUUCAGAAGGGCACAGUGAGCCAGCUGUGUUGAACCUGGCCCGACCUGAAGCUUUGUGGGUGAACCUGACGUCCACGGGGGCAGCUUUGGGGAUCCAUCUGCACUGGAGACCAGACGUCCCACUUGUGCUGAGCCUGGGUUUUGGCUACCAUCCGAAUGAGUCCCACUUUGACACCAAAGUUCAUCUUCCAUCAACAGUUGUUCCAGAAGUGCCGUCCACAUGGAUCCUGGGCCCAGAGCACCUGCAGUUUGGAGAAGGUGUCUACUACCUGACUGUGGCCCUCGAGUCUGACAUGGAGUUGAAUGCCAGCAGGGAUCUCACAGUUGGCAUCACCACCUUCCUGUCCCAUUGUGUGUUCUGGGAUGAGCUCCAGAGGACCUGGAACAACUCCGGGUGCCAGGUGGGGCCACGCACCACCCCCACCCAGACGCACUGCCUCUGCAACCACCUCACCUUCUUUGGAAGCACAUUCCUGGUGAUGCCCAAUGCGGUUGAUGUCCGCCAGACCGCCCAGCUCUUCACCACUUUUGAGGAGAACCCCGUGGUGGUAACCACUGUGGGCUGCCUUUGUGUCGUCUAUGUGCUGUUGGUAAUCUGGGCAAGGAGAAAGGAUGCUCAGGAUCAGGCCAAGGUGAAGAUCACAGUGCUGGAGGACAAUGACCCCUUUGCCCAGUACCACUACCUGGUGACAGUCUACACCGGACACCGGAGGGGGGCAGCCACUUCCUCGAAGGUGACUGUCACCCUCUAUGGGUUGAAUGGAGAAAGUGAGCCCCACCACCUGUCAGAUCCCGACACCCCAGUUUUUGAGCGAGGAGGAGUGGAUGUCUUCUUACUCUCCACCCUGUACCCUCUGGGAGAACUGAGGAGUCUGCGGCUGUGGCAUGACAACUCAGGGGACCAGCCAUCCUGGUAUGUGAGCCGGGUGCUGGUGCAUGACCUGGUAAUGGACAGAAAAUGGCAUUUCCUCUGCAACUCCUGGUUGUCCAUUGAUGUUGGAGAAUGUGUCCUUGACAAAGUGUUUCCAGUGGCCACAGAGCAGGACAGGAAACAAUUCAGCCACCUGUUUCUCAUGAAGACCUCCUCAGGCUUCCAAGAUGGACAUAUUUGGUACUCCAUCUUCAGCGGCUCAGCCCGGAGCAACUUCACCCGAGUCCAGAGGGUGUCUUGCUGCUUCUCCCUGCUGCUCUGCACCAUGCUGACCAGCAUCAUGUUCUGGGGAGUCCCCAAGGACCCAGCUGAGCAAAAGAUGGACUUGGGUAAAAUUGAAUUCACUUGGCAGGAAGUGAUGAUUGGGCUGGAGAGUUCUCUCCUCAUGUUUCCCAUCAACUUCCUGAUAGUUCAGAUCUUUCGAAACACUCGGCCUCGGGUCACUAAGGAGCAGGGCCCUGGGAAAUGGGUCCAAGGGUCCCACUGCCUGGUCCCCUCACUGCAAUCUGUGGAAGAUGACCUUCUGACACCUGAAGAGCUGACCAAGGACGUGUGGAGACUUGUCAGUUCCCUGUUCAAAGCUCUGAAGUUGCCAUCCCCUGCCCUGGGCAAGGACUCCACAAACUUGAUGGACAUCAACCAAUUGCUGGCCUUGGUGGAAGAUGUUUGUCUGCAGAAUAUGGCAGAACAGGUGUCCUGGGAGGAAGCCAAGCUGAGGGAGGACACUUUAACACUCACUGUGGUGCCUGUGCAAGUGACAGAUAAAAGACAACUUACCACCCCUGAAGAGGGCCUAAGUGACCCCUGGAAGGACAGUGUCUACAGGCAGUGUCUCUACCUUCAGCUAGAGCGCAUGGAGCAGCUCCUGCAGCUGGUGGAGCCCCAUCAGGGCUUCUCCCAGACCCAGAGCCACGCCCGGGCCCUCAAGCAGCUGCAGAGCCUGAAGGGCUGCCUGGGAGGACGGAGGGGUACUCCACCCCUGGCUCACAUCAGCUCCCUUUGGGCGAGCAGGCCCCCUCGAGGCCUGCCCUGGUGGUGUGCCCUGGUGGGCUGGCUCCUGGUGGCGGCCACCAGCGGUGUGGCAGCCUUCUUCACCAUGCUCUAUGGCCUGCACUAUGGGCGGGCCGGCUCCCUGCGGUGGCUCAUCUCCGUGGCCGUGUCCUUCGUGGAGAGCGUGUUUGUCACCCAGCCCCUGAAGGUGCUGGGGUUUGCUGCCUUCUUCGCACUGGUCUUGAAGAAAGUGGAGGAUGAGGAAGAGGCUAUGGGUCCCCUCUCAGGACAUCUGUUCAGCACAGACUCCUCUGCCUUGUUCCGAACCCGAAGAAACAGCAGACGGGACAUCUACCAGCCUCCUCUGGCUGCUGACAUUGAGAAGAUGAAAAGUAUCCACCGCAAGGAACAGAAAGCAUUUGCUCUUAUCGGAGAAAUACUGGCAUACCUAGGCUGCCUGUGGAUGCUGCUGCUGGUGGCCUAUGGGCAGCGGGACCCCAGUGCCUACCACUUCAACAGACACCUGGAGCACAGCUUCACCCAGGGUUUUGCCGGAGUGAUGGGCUUCCAGGACUUCUUCACAUGGGCCAACACCACCCUCAUGAGCAACCUGUACAGUCAUCACCCAGGCUUCAUCACUGAUGGGAACUCCAAGCUAGUUGGCAGUGCACAGAUUCGCCAAGUGAGGGUUCGGGGAAACUCCUGCCCUCUUGCUCAGCAGCUGCAGGCCUCUCUUGAUGGGUGCCAUGCGCCAUAUUCCCUGGACGUUGAAGACCUGUCAGACUACGGAGAAGGCUGGAAUGCCUCCUUGCUCAAUACCAGCAAUGGCCUUUCCCAGGCUUGGCAGUACCAGAGCCAGAGUCAGCGCCGAGGGUAUCCCAUCUGGGGCAAACUCACGGUGUACAGGGGAGGAGGUUAUGUGGUCCCAUUAGGGACUGAUCGCAAGAGCAUGUCAAGAAUUCUCCAGUAUCUCUUUGACAACACCUGGCUGGACAGACUGACCAGAGCAGUGUUUGUGGAAUUUACAGUCUACAAUGCCAACGUCAACCUGUUCUGCAUCAUCACUCUGACCCUGGAGACCAGUGCCCUGGGAACCUUCUUUGCUCAUGCAAACCUGCAGAGUCUGCGCCUGUACCCCUUCACUGACGGCUGGCACCCCUUACUGGUGGCUGCAGAGGUGGUCUACUUCCUGUUCCUCCUCUACUACAUGAUCGUGCAGGGCAAGCUCAUGAGGAAGCAGAAAUGGUGUUAUUUCCACAGCAAGUGGAAUCUGCUGGAACUGGCCAUCAUCCUGGCCAGCUGGAGUGCCCUGGCAGUGUUUGUGAAGCGAGCCAUACUGGCAGAACGUGACAUCCAGCGCUACCGGGACCACAGGGAACAGGUGAUCAGUUUCGGUGAGACAGCAGCAGCAGAUGCUGCUCUUGGUUACAUCAUUGCCUUCCUGGUACUCCUGUCCACAGUGAAGCUUUGGCAUCUGCUCAGGCUGAACCCCAAAAUGAACAUGAUCACAUCAGCCCUGUGCCGUGCCUGGGGGGACAUUUCAGGCUUUAUCACUGUCAUCCUGAUUAUGCUCUUGGCUUACUCCAUUACGUCAAACCUAGUAUUUGGUUGGAAACUCCGUUCCUACAAAACCCUCCUUGAUGCGGCAGAAACAAUGAUCAGUCUUCAGUUAGGCAUCUUCAACUAUGAGGAGGUCCUGGACUCCAGCCCAGUGCUUGGCUCUUUUCUCAUUGGGUCCUGCAUCAUUUUCAUGACGUUUGUGGUGCUGAAUCUGUUUAUCUCUGUCAUCAUGGUAGCUUUCCAUGAGGAACAAAAAUACUAUCUGCUGACAGAGGAAGAAGAGAUCGCUGACUUCUUGCUGAUGAAAAUACUCAGCUUCCUGGGCAUUAAAUGUAAAGGAGGACAGGAGCUUGGAAGCAGCAGUGAGCAUUCAGGGUUGCUGUCAGAGGCCCAGCCCCUGAAUGCUGCACCAACAGGCCUCUGGGCCUGA